AUUGUCAAUUUAAGUUCCAAAGCAUAAUGUAUAUAUGUAUAAUCCUAAACAUAAUGCAUCAUCCUGAACCGCAUCAUGAAUGUGUCACACUUCUUUGAAUUAGAAUGACACAAAAAAGCGGGAUGGGGGGAUCAAUACUUUCCGAUUAGCUGUUCUAAAUAAAGUAAUCAAUAACCUGCGUGGAGAGGGAGGGUAUGGGAGCUUGACUGAUGUAAAAGAACAAAACCAAUGAACAGUUUUAAUCUCCCGCCUGGGUCCCGGGUAGGCCUGUUCUCUCGUUCAUACGUCUCAGUUUAGUGGUAAGCCUGACGAUGAGCCCAGUGGAGAUACCGCUUGGCCUGAAGGAGCUGCUGCAUGGAUACACUGCCGAGGUGCUGCGUCUCAAGCCAGCCGACCUGGUGGAGUUUGCUGUGGAACAUUUCACUCGCAUUCAGGAGGGCCAAAGGAAGGAGCCCAAUGCUAAGGAGGGCUCUGUUAGAACGUCACGAAGCAGGGUGAGUUUUAGGACUCAUUCAGAUGAAGGCCUGAAGGAUGAGAAGGAUAGCGUUGUCGAAUCGAGUACCAUCAAAUACAAACGCAGAGCAUCAGUGUGUGCGGAGGCUUAUGACCCAGAUGAAGAGGAUGAUGACUCGGACCCCAGAGUGGUGCACCCCAAGAGCGAUGUGCAGCGCCGUAGACUGCAGGACGCAUGCAGUGACAUCCUGCUGUUUAAGACCUUGGACCAGGAGCAGUUGUCCGAGGUGCUUGAUGCCAUGUUUGAGGUGCUGGUGAAAGCCCAGGAGCACAUCAUUGACCAAGGAGAGGACGGAGACAACUUUUAUGUCAUAGAGAGGGGUGUGUUUGAUAUCUACGUGCAGAAGGAUGGAGGGAGUGUGUGUGUUGGGAAGUACGACGGUAAGGGUAGUUUCGGUGAGCUGGCCCUCAUGUACAACACCCCUCGCGCGGCCACGAUCAUCGCGUCCCAGGACGCAGCCUUAUGGGGGCUGGAUCGUGCAACGUUUCACAGGCUCAUCGUGAAAAACAACGCAAAGAAGAGGCGCCUGUACGAGGCCUUCAUAGAGUGUGUUCCGCUGCUUACAUCGCUUGAGAUUUCUGAAAGAAUGAAGAUUGUGGAUAUACUGGGAGCAAGAGUGUUUCAUGAUGAAGAACGCAUCAUAACACAGGGGGAGUACGCCGACUGUUUCUAUAUCGUGGAGUCGGGCGAAGUGAAGAUCAUGAUCAAAAGCAGAACCACGGCUGGCCAGCUGGAUCAUGCGGAGGUGGAGCUUGCACGUUGCGUUCGAGGCCAGUACUUUGGGGAGUUGGCGCUGGUCACCAAUCAACCGCGCGCUGCGUCCGUCUAUGCCGUUGGAGUGACCAAAUGUUUGGUAAUAGAUAUCCAGGCUUUUGAGCGCUUGCUGGGCCCUUGUAAGGAAAUCAUGAAGAGGAACAUCAGCCAGUAUGAGGACCAACUGGUGGCACUGUUCGGCUCCAGUGUUGACCUGAAGCAGGAGCAAACCCCAAGUGUAAAAUGAGCCUGUGGUCAUUUAUAUAUUAUCCUGUACAUUUUUCAAUGUAUAAACGAGAAAAGGAAACUUACUGUACCAUCUUCCCGAUCUUCAUGUGUUUUCACAUGACUGUCUAUCCCAGAAUUGUGUAUCGUCUCCUUCCAUAGUUGUGCAUGCACUUGUACUAGUAUGGGAUUCAGUCCACUGCAGCACCAAUUAGCCAUAAAAAAAAUAAUGAUGCAAAUCUUUAAUACACACCUUCUAAAAGUGUCAAAUUUUAAUCUCGAAUUUUGUUAAAUUUCACUUUAUGUACAUUUUAUACAACAAGAUCCAGCACAAAACAUUCAUGAAAUAAAAGAUUGCAACUUAAUAUUCAAGUUUUCUGGAUCUUUUUUUUUUAUUUCGAGUUACAAAAUGUGAAGUGCCAUCAGCAAACUCCGGGAGUCUGCCAACCUUCUUUGUUACAAGUAUUUACACCCCAAAAAUCAACAAUAUCCCUCAACAAUUUCACACUUCCUGCAUGUCGACAAGGUGAAGGGUCCUGGCAUCAGGCUGUCCAAGAUCCACUUUGAAGCUUUAAAUAUUUAAAAUAUUUACAAUGUCCAGUACGCCAAAACUCCCAAAUCAAACUAGCUUGUUCGAUGCAAAGGCAGAUCCAAGAGCUUCGUCUGCUUCAGUAGUGUGAUGAGGAAACAGCAGAUCUGGUUCAAUGAAAAGGAGCGGUUUAAUGGACAUGGUCCUCUUCAAGAAAUCAUAGAUUAAGAAGUGAAUUCUUCCUCGUGUGAAAAAGGAAAGGCUGGACAAGGAAGUGUGCACAUAAUUACUGUACUUAAAAAAUACACCUUGAAAUGUCUAUUUAGCUAUCGCAGCGCAGCGGCCCCCCAUGAUCAUUGAGUGUGUGAAGAACUGAACCGGACAAUCAUCGAAAGACCAAAAAAAAAAAA